AGAGCACAGUUGAGGUGAGGGUCGACAACACUACGCUGGCACUUGUUUUGGCAUUCAGUUCUGGCAUUCAGGCACAGUCCAUUGUUAGUUUCCUUAAGCGGCGACUUCAGUGUGAAAACCAUCGUUCCUUUCCAAGACUGUUACGUCUCGAGAGUGAAGGUGUGUCGGUCUUAAGGCCUACCAGACAUCCAAGGCUCUUUGCAGUAUUUUAAGGACUUGAUUGAUGUUCCACGACUUUAUGAGCGCUCGGUGAUCACUCUGCCCCAGCAAUAAGCUUCAAGCUUGAAUGCUGCCAUAUCAGCUCUCCACGAUACAGGCGAUGGAGAUAUAUUUAUAGAUGAAAUAUCCCCCCCGAAACGAGCGAGCGAGCGAGAGAGAGAGAAAAUAUAGGCUGCGAGCACCCACGCUGAGGUGCUGGGUGCGAGGAGAUGUGGCAACGGUGUGUUGGUAGCAAGUGUAAUGGAAGGGAGGGAGACGUCCACCCUCUGUUUAUUUUAGAAGAAUUCUCUUGAUGCACGAAUUUUUUGUACGGAAGAAAGGCAUUGAACGUAGUGCAUAGGCUAUAGAGAGGCAGAUUUUUCAGCAUGGAAGCAGUAGCAAAACAUGACUUUAAUGCCACAGCUGAAGAUGAGCUCAGUUUUAGGAAAGGACAAAUUUUAAAAGUACUAAACAUGGAAGAUGACAUGAAUUGGUAUAGGGCAGAAUUAGAUGGUAGAGAAGGACUCAUCCCCAGCAACUAUAUUGAAAUGAAAAGUCAUGAGUGGUAUUAUGGAAGGAUAACACGAGCAGACGCAGAGAAACUUUUACUCAAUAAACAUGAAGGAGCGUUUCUCAUUCGGGUCAGUGAGAGUUCACCUGGUGAUUUUUCACUAUCAGUCAAUGGUUCGUUGGAAGAUAAAGAUAAACCUCACUCAUCUCCACGAUGUGGCGAUGGUGUACAACACUUUAAAGUUCUACGGGAUGCGCAAGGCAAGUUUUUCCUAUGGGUUGUUAAAUUCAACUCCUUAAAUGAACUGGUAGAAUAUCACCGAUCAGCCUCAGUUUCUCGCUCACAUGAUAUCAAGCUCAAGGACAUGACUCCAGAAGAGUUUCUAGUGCAAGCCUUGUAUGACUUCACUCCACAAGAACAUGGGGAGCUGGAAUUUAAGCGAGGCGAUGUUAUCACCGUAACAGACCGAUCAGACCAGCAUUGGUGGACUGGUGAAAUGGGUAACCGUAGGGGACUCUUCCCUGCUACAUAUGUUGCGCCGUACCACACCUAGGUGGUUGCUGAAAUACCUCCCAUCCUUGGUACCCUUUCUUCUCAAAAGGUGUCCACUCUUGUGUAUCCCUUAUUCUUAAAGGGUGCCCCACCUAGUUUUGGUCAGGUUUUCCCAGACUGUAUCUAGACAGAGACUGUGAAUGAAACAUUGUUCAGAACUAUGAAAACCAGCUGGCAUGGCUAGGUUGGCCUGGGCGCAUAUGGCAAAGACUGAGGGAGGUGAUGAUGGUUGGCCAGCCACUAGUAAUACAGUAAUUGUACUUAUUUCUGUGGCUUGUAUCCCAGUCAUUAGUUAUGCCAAUAUUAUUCUUUGAAGUGAUCCUCCCGCUAAAAUGAAUAGCCAGCCAUGUAUUAUGUUAAUUAUUGGUGCCAUUUCAUAUCUAUCCUCCACAGCAAUUUUGUAGAGAAUCAUUCUUAAGGAAAUUGCUUGUCUUAUUCUUGCCACAAGCUCAUAUUUCAUUGCUGAGUUUUUUAAACAAAUUUUUGUUGCACUAAACAAAUAUACAUGAUCCUUUAAGUAUUGAAAUAUGUAGUAGCUUGAGGAGUAAAUCAGCCUUGCAUGGCAUUGAACAUUACCGUGGUUAUUCUCAACUGUAACAAUUCUAGCACAAAAAUUUCGGAAUUUUUCCAUGUGUUUCUGCCCCACCUACACACCUUACCAUCGUUACCUGAAUCUAAGAUUGUAUGUAGCAAAGGUCAACGAAUUAUAUACAAAAAAAAAAGUUUCUUCUGUAGUAUACAGUAAAUUUGUUAUCUUUACUAAUAGAUCAUAUUGCACCCUGGGGGCCUUAAAUUCGGGUAAAGUUGGUCCAAAUUGUAUCGAUACCAUACCAGAAAAUGAAGCUAUAGAUUUUGGUUAUGAUAACUGGUAAGCACAAUUUUUAUACUGGUAGAAUUCUACUAAAUAUAUGGAAUGUAUGAAGUUAUAUGUAUAUGAUUAGAUAAGCCAGUCGAGUAACAAAUUGACUGGAUAACAUAAGUCAAAGUGGCGUGUGAGAGGUAGCCAGCAGAGUAAGUAGUGGUUGUGAGACAUAUUAAUAUACACUUGGAUGCUGAGUAACAAUGAUUUUAAACCAAAUGCUUGUUGUUAACACAUUCUAUAAUUCAUAGACAAAUUACUUUUAUUAAAAAUUGUAAAAGAGUUCUCUCUCUCUCCUGAUCAUUUAAAUGUGUUUGAUUUUUCUUUUUCUUUUCUCAUGUUUAUUAUUUGUCACAUGGAGGCUAUUUAAGCUUCAGAGGUCUUGGGGCAAGGUUUCUAAGUAUGCUCAGUUAGAAUAUGAAAUCUAGAUAAAUAAUUCCUUUCCUAUUAUAUUAGAAUAUACAGUAUGUAUUUUAUUCAAUAAUUGUCAAGUUCAUAAUGAAAAAAGGGAAAGUAUGUAAGCCUUUCAAAAAUCAUGCAUGUUUUGUAGUCCCACUGUGCACAGUUUAGAGAUGCCCCAUAGCUCAAAGCACCUAAGAUUAAUAGUGUUUGUUCCUAGUUUGUUCCUUCAAAGUGUGGAUUGUUUAGCCAGAUUAAUACUGCAGAGUGAUGUGUUGCCAGCUUACAUUGUAUGAUAAGUUAAACAAAACUCAUAAUUUCUUCCCUGCUUUAAAGACGUAGAUGGCUAGAGUCUGUCUCAUUGUUGCCUCCAUAAACGUGAAUGAUUUUAAUUUAUUGAGAAAAAAAAUAGGUACUAUCAUAAUUAUGCAUCAGGCUGAAUCAAGGGUAACCCAAGUUGCUACAGUUUAAAAAAAUUUAACAUUUUAUUUGGAUGUCAUUCAGAAAUUGAAAGUUAACACUUUGUAAAGAAAAUUCGUGAAAAUGAAUGACAUAAUUUUGAUAUUAUAUGAUGGUGACAAUACUUGCAAUGAUUUUUACCAUUGCAAUUAAAGCUGAUAAUUUAUGUAGAAGCAGCUUUUGAAAAUGGAGAGUUAACUUGAAGUACUCUGAGCUUAAAUAAGCAUGAAUAUCAAAAUUGUGUGCCUGUAGUCAAUCUUGUGUAGGUCUUGCAAAUGAUAAAUUUUGUUCUUGUUCUUGACAAAGAAUGUAUCUUGACAUAGUAUUAGUUGAUGAGUGCAGGUUAGCAAUAUGCCAAAAUCUUCCUCAGCCACCUGGGUAGCACACUGUACAUCUCCACACACACAUUCAGGUUAAAUAUUCUACAGCAACGCUUAGAACUUUUGCCAAAGAAUUUAGCAUGUUGUCUUAGCUGUCUACUUAGCAGAGCAGUUACCAGCUGCUUUAAUGAUGAGACGUACGAAUAUAUAUUAAAAGUUUGAGAUAGCCAGAAUACAUAAUAGUAGUAGAUUAAGGAGGAAAGAAAAAUUGCUCCGAAGAAAACAGCAAUGUUUAGAGAGAGCUGAAAAUUGGAAAAAAGGGCACGACUGAAAAAUUAAAUUUGGUGAAUUUUUGCACUGUGAAUUGGGACUAACAAAAUUAUUUGCCAGCAGAGAUCAGGAGUUUUUUUAUAUAUCUGAUUCUUUUUUUAGUUUUUAAAACUGACAUUGGUUUUGGUACAUAAAAUGAAGAAACUGUUGAAUGUGAUCUUACUAGUGCAAGCUUCAUUCUCAGAAGAGAUGGUGAGAGAUUAUCUAUCGUGUUUAUUUUGCAGGUGUCUAGAAAUUUUAAUGAAAAUUAUAUUAAUUCACAAAUGUUUGAUUUUGGUAAUAAUGGAAAUGCCCUCUUACCAGAUCUUUAAAACAUCCUAAUUUAUUGAAGAUUUUAACUUCCUGCAAUACAUGAAUUUUAUUAAAUAUUCAUUUUGCAAAUGUUUGUAAUGGACUUUGGCAUCCACUAUUUACAUUUUUUAGCCUAUUUUAUCUAUGAGGAGAGUAAUUUUGCAAGUGUUUUAUUAUUAUUAUUAUUAUUAUUAUUAUUAUUUUGCUAAGUAUCUGAAAGUUUUAUUAUUUAAUUUAAAUUGUGUAUUAGUGCUUAUAAAACAAUUGUAAGUAUAAUAUAAUCAGAUAAAAUGAAAAAGAAUAUACUGUACUGCUUUUUUUGUUUAUUUAUUUUUGUUUAAUGAUUCAUCAUGUACAAAAAAAAGUGUGUAUAUGUUCAAAGUUAUUCAAAAGGAAUGAGGUUAGACUAUGGAUGCGGCGUAAUUAAGAAGUAAACGCGGGAGAUGCAAACUUGCGAACAGUCCAUCAGGUUGACCAACUUUUAGGUGAAAUGAUGCCAAUUUUAAAGAUGUGUUCAAUAAUAAUAUUAAAAACUAUUAAGUUUUUUUUGUGUGUAAAGUGAAAUUUACACUUUUGAUUUGUGGCAUAUUUUGGAAGGUUAAACUGGGGACAUCACAUCCUAUACAGUAUAUGUACUGUAUAUACAUAAAUAGAAUGUAUAUACAGUACACAUAUAUGCAUUGAAUGUAUAUACACAUAUAUGCAUUGGAUGUAUAUACACAUAUAUGCAUUGGAUGUAUAUACACAUAUGCAUUGGAUGUGUAUACACACAUGCAUUGUAUGUAUAUACACAUGCAUAGGAUGUGUGUAUACACAUAUCCAUAGGAUGUAUAUACACAUGGAUGCAUAGGAUAUAUAUAUAUAUGCAUGGAUGCAUAGGUUGUAUAUACACAUGGAUGCAUAGGUUGUAUAUACACAUGGAUGCAUAUGUGUAUAUACACAGGGAUGUAUAGGAUGUAUAUAUGUGUAUAAUUUGAGAAGCUGCUUUGUAGGUUUACUGUGAAGUAAACCUUUAAAUUGUUGCAGUUGAUCCAUGUUUAAGGAGUGUAGAUGUUAUUAAUUUAUUGCUCUUUAAAAGAUAUUUGAGGAAAUUUAUUAAAAUUAAGAUAAUUUUCAAACUUGUAAUGAAGGUGAAAUGUGAAAGGUAGUUGAUAGUUGAGUUUGCAGGAGUGAAUGUUUACACUUCUCCCCAUGAAAUAACAGUAUUUAUCCUGCUAACAUUUAUGUAAUAUUGAAUGAAUUUGGAGAUUGUCAGGAAUUAAGCAACAUGACACUAACUUUGAUCCUCAUUCCUUCCUUCCUUUGAACCUCUGGAUAUUUAAAAAAAAAUAUAUAUAUAAUAUAUA